GCUGCCUAACGGCCGAGCCCAAUAAUCGAUCCUAAUCGAAAAUCUGCUACUGGAGACUGAAAUUCCUAUCCAUUUUUCAAAAAAGCGUCUCAAUAAUCAAUCGAUCUAUGGAAAUGUCAAUCUUUUGCAUCAAUCCAUCCUUGAGAGGACGGAUUGACGUUUUCGGAUAGGCCUCUCUAUGAAAGUGACAUUUUAGCUGUUUCAAUAUACUAUCUUUCAUUUUGACAGUUAAUUUUUAGAUCAAAAUCAAUCUUGGUUUGUAAUCGUCCGAAUUCGUAGGAUUUUGUGUUUGAUCUAUAGCUUAAAAUGUUUUCAAGUGAUACCGAUGACAGUGAUCUUGAAAUGCUUACUCAAUUAUCGGAUUGGGAUGAUACUGAUAACGAACUAGAACCUGGUGACCAUCCACGCCGUAGGCAAUAUCAACGAGUAAAUGUUUUGGUUACUCUCAACGACGCCGAGUUUACGUUUAGGUUUAGGUUAAACAAAGUUGCAGUUGAAUUUCUCCUGACUGAAAUAAUGCCAUACAUCAGAGUUACCUCAAAACGAAACAAUGGUGUAUCUCCUUUGCACCAACUGCUGCUAGCAUUGCGGUUUUAUGCAUUGGGCACCAUGCUAAUAUCAGUUGCUGAUUUUGUUGGGGUUUCAAAAUCAUCUGCAAGUCGAAUAGUAGCCGACAUAUCUGCAGCAAUAGCUAGAUUGUAUGAUAAAUAUAUUUAUUUACAUGUAAGGAGUGCAGAAAAAUUCUUUAAUAUAGCCCAGUUUCCUCGAGUAAGUGGUGCCAUUGAUGGUACUCAUGUCCAUAUCCAAUCUCCAUGUUCAGAAAUAGGUGAAGAGUUUCGUAACCGAAAGGGGAUCUUCUCAAUUAAUGUUCAAGCUGUUUGUGAUGGCGAUCUUAAACUAAUGAAUGUUGUUGCCCGGUGGCCUGGAUCAACACAUGAUGCCACUAUUUUUAACAAUUCAAUAUUAAGAGCUUCAUGUGAGACUGGUGCUUUGGGUAAUCAAUGGUUACUUGGAGACAGUGCGUAUCCAAAUAGGCCUUAUCUUUUAACACCAUUGCUAAAUACUGCAACUCCCCAAGAAAUCAGGUACAAUGAGGCACAUAUAAAAACCAGGAAUACCAUCGAAAGUAUGCAUUUGCAGAACCUUUGGAAUAUGGAAACGCCGAUUCCCAGUAAUUUCUUUGACAAUGCGACUAUCAUUGCCUAACAUACAAAAAGUUAUAAUCGCUACAGCAGUUUUACAUAACAUUUGUAGAACUUAUAAUAUUGAAGAAGUGCCUCCUGAAGUCAAUGUGCCGUGUGUUGCUGCUGAAGAUCCAGAUCAGCUCCCUAACAUGGAGUUAAAUGAUGUUGAGAAUAGAACAGAACUCAUCAGACAUUAUUUUUAACCAAUAAAAACUUUAUAAUCAGUAAAAACUUUAUUUUUUAUUC